AUGGCUUGGCAACACCUUGAUAUUACCAAGCCGCACUUGGUGUACAUCAUUCUUGGCGGUUUCACUUCCUUGUUCAUGCUUUGCUCGUCUUUUAUCAAGGAGCGCAUGUACAUUGGUGAAGCUACUGUUGCUACCCUUUGCGGAGUUAUCUUUGGUCCUCAUGCCGCCAACCUCAUCGACCCGAACUCCUGGGGUUCUACUGAUAUUGUCACCGUCGAAUUCUCCCGAAUCGUUCUUGUUGUACAAUGUUUCGCCGUCGGUGUCGAAUUGCCCAAAUUCUAUAUGGAGCGCCAUUGGAAGUCCGUCGUCUUUCUUCUGAUCCCAGUCAUGACGUUUGGUUGGCUCAUCACCAGUCUGUUUAUCUUCUGGAUGAUCCCACCACUGGACUGGCUCGACAGUCUCGUUGUAGCUGCUUGUGUUACUGCUACUGAUCCCGUUUUGGCUUCAUCAGUUGUUGGUAAGGGAAAGUUCGCCAAGCGUGUUCCCAAGCAUCUUCGAGAUUUGUUAUCUGCUGAAUCUGGCUGUAACGAUGGCAUGGCGUUCCCUUUCGUCUACUUGUCUCUUUACCUAAUCCAAUUCAAGCGAGAUGCCCAAGAUGUGAGCUUCCACUUUGUUGUUUACGUCAUCCUGUACGAGUGUAUCUUUGGUGCUAUCUACGGAUUUGCUAUUGGCUACAUCGCCCGCCACGGUAUCAAGCUCGCUGAGAGGCGCGAUCUCAUUGACCGAGAGAGUUUCCUGGUCUUCUACUUCGUUGUUGCGCUCUGGUGCGCCGGCUCAGGUAGUAUCCUGGGUAUGGACGACUUGCUGGUCGGUUUCGCUGCAGGAGUUGGCUUCUCAAACGACGGAUGGUUCGGCGAGAAGACUGAAGAAUCGCACGUUUCCAACGUUAUCGAUCUUUUGCUUAACUUGACUUAUUUCGUCUACUUUGGAACGAUUAUCCCAUGGGAGCAAUUCAACAACGGCGUUUUUGGUCUGGUCGCUUGGCGCCUGGUGGUUAUUGCCAUCUUUGUGCUUUUGUUCCGCCGAAUUCCUAUCAUGUUGGCUCUGAAACCACUUAUACCGGACGUCAAAACAUGGCGUGAAGCCUUGUUCGCUGGUCAUUUCGGCCCAAUUGGUGUAGGCGCCAUCUUUGUUGCCAUCUUGGCCCGAGCCGAGCUUGAACAUGAGGAGCCAGUCCCUUUGGCACAACUGCCACCCGAGAAUACUGAACACUAUGAGCUCAUUUAUCUUGUAUGGCCUAUAGUGUGCUUUAUGGUCGUUACUUCAAUCCUGGUUCAUGGAUCUUCCAUCGCUGUCUUCACCCUUGGAAAACGUAUUAACACCCUGAGUUUGACAAUGUCCUACACAGCUGCUCCUGAAGACGGCCCAACUUGGAUGAACCGGUUGCCUCGAAUCUCAUCCCAGUCUAGGUCUCAGGCGAGGUCCAUGUCAGAGGCGUCUAUCGACGAAGAAAAGGGCCCUCAGUUCCCUCCCGAUGCUACCAUCCCAGCCAACGGUCCCUACAGCCAUUUGUUGCGCAGACAGAAAGAUCAAAAUGGAAGUCGCUCGCCAUCCGUCGUCUCACGGAGACGUAAGAACAAGAACUGGGAUGACGACGGUCCCGGCGGUCCCAUUGCUCAGUCUGCCAUCUUUCCCCAACGCCAAUCUUCGACUCUCAUGUCUCCUACUGAACCAUACGAACAAGACGAUUCUCCUUCGCAAGAUAACACUGAAUCGACUCUGGCCGCCGACGACAGCUCCAAGGAAAAGAACUCUGACAGAAUUGAACAGGCAGGGGAGAGCCCUGCUGGUAGCAGUGGCCAGAAGACACCACCUAAGCCUGUGAACAUCUACGAAGAGGGCCAUGAAAUGGUAUUCGAGAACCAGCAAGGAGACGUACUUGAUGUCGAGCCCGCACCCGACUCCCAUAAGGAAGACGAGAACCACGUUCCUAUUAAAGCCGUCAAACCAGGCCAUGAUAAGCUUUGGACCAUGGCCGGCUUCAAGAAGAGAGUGGGUGACGUCUACAAUUUCGAAAUGGAGAAACGUAAAGAAAAGGGCCAGGAUCGACGACACGAGCCAGCCAGAGCCUAUCAGUUUGGAAACACGAUUAUUGUUGAAGAUGCGGAUGGUGAAGUUGUCAAGACCUAUGAGUUACCUACGACCAAGGGCGAAAGCUCCCAAGCUGGCGCUAACACAUCUGAUGCGCCGCCAGCUCCUAAACGUGCCUGGUCCAACUUGGGAGGUGUAUUCGGAGGCCAUAACGGAAACGAGCAGACUAGGAAAAUGUCCGUUACGGAGACUCAAGCUGCUGACGACAAGGCUAUUCGCUUCACGAUUGGUGGUGUUGGUCAACGCAUGACCAAGGAGGACUUCAUCCGGGAAGUGCAAAAGUUGGAUUCACGAACAAGAAAGGAGGUGGUAGAGCAAUCAGACGCUUCCCAAGCCAUCAAGAAGGUCGCCAAACAGGAUCUCCCUCCUGAGACAGCUGUCAAGGCCGCCAAGGCUGCUGAGCAUCACGCUCCCCCAAAGCAAAAGGAGCCGACCCGACCAUCUGCGUCUGUGGCUGCUACUACAGCAAGCCCGGCCAAGCCUUCCGAAGAACAGGGCGAGACGGCCGUCGAGCGUAAGCGCCGCCUAGCAGUGCUAUCGAACCAAGAAGAGGAGGAAAGCAAGGAUACUGGCGAGACACCAGCCGAGAGGCGACGCAGAGAAGCUGCGUUGGGUGUUGGUAACGAUGACGAUAGCGAUGAUGAGGGGACUGAGAGAAACCCCCACUUUCCAUAUCGAGAUUCAAUGGAUAGUGAUGGCCAGAGUGACUCGCCGCUCUCAAUAACCUCCAAUAUCGCGGGCAUCUUGACCUUUGUCGUUGCCAUUGCCGCAGCGUUUUACGCCCGUCUCACCUAUCUACGGAAUAGUGAUGAUGAGUUCUUCCGCGUUAAGACGUCUUUGUCGUGGUAUAAGACAGAAUCCACAUGGCUGGCAGAUCUUGUAACAGCUAUCAAUGCCCAGCAUGAAGGUUUCCAUACGCAUCAGCCUGAAUACCAGAUGUAUACAUUUGUCAUGGAUGACCUGCUGAACCUUGAACAGCGCCUACUCGACAUUGUUGCUGAGACGGAGGCCAAGGCGAGCAUGAGCGACAACGGCGAAAGCUGGACACUCAUGCCACGGAGUUGGAGCGGUCGUACAACGGUAGCAAUGGCUUGGUUGCGGGUACGAACCAAAGCUCUGGAAUUAGUACGGCAGCGCGAGGGUUUGACGGCGAGGGUGCAGUUCAUGCAGAUGAGUAUGAUCUCCUCUCGACUGCGGGAUCUGGAAUCGAGGACGAAGUGGCGGGAAAUGAAGAUGGAUGAAAGUUCGCGCAAGCUUGAGUCUCUGGUAGAAAACCAGAGAGAUCGGAUUCAGCGGCUGGAAGAUCUUGUGAGACGAUGGACGCGGCGUGACCACUCUGGUCUUUCGCGGGCCGAGACGUUGGCAGGUCUUAAGAUUGGGAGUUCAGAACCGACCAAGGUAGUCGAAGAUGAUGGGUUCACCACAUCAGCAGGGUCCGAGAAUGCGACUCUAUCCAGGAGAUCAACCAAACAAUGA